AGUUGGUCAUCGGGCUGAUAAGAAAUACUGCAAUUACAGCUGAUUUCGCCACACGUAACGUAUCAAACCAUAGGACAAUGAAGUGGAGCUUUUAUAUUUUGGCGUUUUUCUUUGUUUCAGUGUACUGUGAGAAUUGUAGCCAUGACGAUGAUUGUCAACUAGUCCACUGCUCCACAGGGUCUGUCAACUGCAUUCAUCAUAUAUGCACCUGCACAGAAAAUACCGGUCAAGGUUGCACUGGGAGAGAUGACUGCGGUAUCCACUGCCACCACGGACAGCCUCAUUGUGUGGAUGGUGUCUGUCACUGUUACGGAGAUUAGGGUGCACACCUCAUCCUCUACCAUUGUUGUACUACGCAUUCUUUAGAAUUAAAUGAAAAAAUAUCUCCGUAA